CCAUCCAUCCAUUCAGGUUCCUUUAAUUCACAUUCACAACAGCUAGCAGCAGAGCGGCAUUGUGCUGGAGGUUGUGCAGGGAGACAUCCACGCGCAGUUGAUUAGCAAGCUCGUGAUUAUUCGCGCGUGUUUAUCGAAAUGUCCCGCGAGACCGAGCAGGCUGUGGAAGAAGUGAGUACAGAGGAGCAGCAGGAGAUGCAGGAUAAAGUUGUGAGUCCUGAGAAGGCAGAAGAAGCAAAGCUAAAGGCUAGAUAUCCUCAUCUGGGCGCUAAGCCAGGAGGCUCAGACCUGCUGAGGAAAAGACUACAGAAAGGGCAAAAGUACUUUGACUCAGGAGAUUACAAUAUGGCCAAGGCCAAAAUGAAGAAUAAACAGCUCCCGGCAGCGGCGACGGAGAAAACCGAGAUCACAGGAGAUCACAUCCCGACUCCUCAGGAUCUGCCACAGAGGAAGACCUCGCUGGUGGCCAGCAAACUGGCUGUUUGAUAUGAACUUUGCGAGGACUUUCCAGUUACCAUUCCUGAUAUUUUGAUCUCUGCUUUACCUCCAUUUUACUGUCUCUCUCUCUGUCUUUCUCUUUCUCUUUUUUUUUUUUUUUUUGUUCUUUCCUCUCUUAACUUUCUACUGCCUGUGUAAUUGCUCUAAAGAAAUGCUGUUUUGAUCAAAUGUUUGCUGCUGAGCACCCUCAUUCUCCCAUUCAUGUGUGUAAACAAGACGUUUUGGCUGUAGUUCCAGUUUCUAUUACGAUGUAAUUCCAGUUUCUACUCCCAGGUGUGAAUGCAAUGUUAUCUGACUGAAACAAUUGAACAGAGACCUUUCUUCUUUUUUUUUAGGAUUUUACUAGUUUUACUCACUCACUCCCUUGCAAUGAUUCAUGUGUGAUUCUUACAUUUACACUGGCCUUUAACGAUAACCCUCUCACUUGUUAUAAUGAUUUCCAGUAAGACGCAGAGGGUUUUUUUUGACGUGUGCUGCUUACCUCCUGCGUGUGAUUGGUGAAACUUGCCUUAAUGAUAUCUGCCACAGUUUCUCUUGGGCAAUAUUUGCCCACUCUGAGAGCGAAGCUCUUCGGGGUUUAGCCACAAGCUUGUGCUGAUGUGAUUUUCCAGUUAGGUCUUCUGGUUGGGGCAGCUCACUCAUAUUCUUCAAACUGUGCACAAGCACUGACUGUCACAACUGUGCCAUUCGUUUUGUAAAUAAACUAGUUUUGCACAAGAA